ACAUUAGAAUGUCAGUUUAUGUUGAAGUAGAAGGUAAUUCUUUCUAGUCACCAGAAUUUUCAGAUUGAAAAAUCCAGCAAACUCUUCAUGUAUCUAAGGACUUAGGAAGCCAAGUUACUAACCAGACUGAGAUGGACCACACAGCCCCGACCUACAUGCUUGCUAACUUAACCCACUUACAUUCUGAACAACUUCUGCAGGGAUUGAAUCUUCUUCGCCAGCAUCACGAACUCUGUGACAUCAUUCUUCGAGUAGGUGAUGUUAAAAUUCAUGCUCAUAAAGUGGUCCUUGCCAGCAUCAGCCCAUACUUCAAAGCUAUGUUCACUGGCAACCUUUCUGAGAAAGAGAACAGUGAGGUUGAGUUUCAGUGCAUCGAUGAAGCUGCGCUGCAGGCCAUUGUGGAGUACGCCUAUACGGGCACAGUUUUCAUUUCUCAGGACACAGUUGAAUCUCUCCUGCCAGCAGCAAACUUACUCCAGAUAAAACUCGUUCUUAAAGAAUGCUGUGCAUUUCUUGAAAGCCAACUUGACCCUGGUAAUUGUAUUGGAAUUUCUCGUUUUGCGGAGACUUACGGUUGUCAUGACCUUUAUUUGGCGGCUACUAAAUUCAUAUGCCAGAAUUUUGAAUCUGUUUGCCAGACAGAAGAGUUUUUUGAGCUUACACAUGCUGAUUUGGACGAAAUUGUCUCCAAUGACUGCUUGAAUGUGGCUACUGAAGAGACAGUUUUUUAUGCAUUAGAAUCUUGGAUCAAGUACGAUGUACAAGAACGGCAGAAGUACUUAGCCCAGCUGCUGAACAGUGUACGGUUACCAUUGCUGAGCGUUAAGUUCCUCACUAGGCUCUAUGAAGCGAAUCAUCUUAUCCGUGAUGAUCGCACCUGUAAACAUCUCUUGAAUGAAGCCCUAAAGUACCACUUCAUGCCUGAACAUAGACUCUCUCAUCAGACAGUCUUGAUGACACGACCUCGCUGUGCUCCCAAAGUACUGUGUGCAGUAGGAGGAAAAUCUGGACUCUUUGCCUGUUUGGAUAGUGUGGAGAUGUACUUUCCCCAGAAUGACUCUUGGAUUGGUCUGGCGCCCUUAAAUAUUCCUCGCUAUGAAUUCGGAAUAUGUGUUUUAGACCAAAAAGUCUUUGUUAUAGGUGGUAUUGAAACUAGCGUGCGUCCUGGUAUGACUGUCAGAAAACAUGAAAAUUCAGUGGAAUGUUGGAAUCCUGAUACAAACACCUGGACUUCUCUCGAGAGAAUGAACGAGAGCCGGAGUACUCUCGGAGUGGCAGUGCUCGCGGGAGAAGUUUUUGCCUUAGGUGGAUAUGACGGGCAGUCUUACUUGCAAUCUGUAGAAAAAUACAUCCCCAAAAUAAGGCAGUGGCAACCUGUGGCCCCAAUGACAACCACAAGAAGUUGUUUUGCUGCAGCUGUCCUGGAUGGAAUGCUAUACGCCAUUGGAGGCUAUGGCCCCGCUCACAUGAACAGUGUGGAGCGUUACGAUCCGAGUAAGGACUCCUGGGAGAUGGUUGCGCCCAUGGCUGAUAAGAGGAUUCACUUUGGCGUCGGAGUCAUGCUAGGUUUUAUUUUCGUGGUAGGUGGGCAUAACGGUGUCUCACAUUUGUCAAGCAUUGAAAGAUAUGAUCCUCAUCAAAAUCAGUGGACUGUGUGUAGACCAAUGAAAGAGCCCAGGACAGGAGUUGGUGCUGCAGUAAUCGAUAACUACCUGUAUGUAGUCGGUGGUCACUCAGGGUCUUCCUAUCUGAACACAGUACAGAAAUACGACCCUAUCUCAGAUACAUGGCUGGAUUCAGCAGGCAUGAUAUACUGUCGCUGCAAUUUUGGAUUAACUGCACUUUGACAAGUGUGAACUUGUGGAAAUCGCACAAGGAGGUACUACAGGAAAGAGUGCCCAGUGUCCUGAACCUGACAGCUAGCUGCACUGCUUUCUUUGUAACGUAAAGUGACAUGAAGACUCAGUUUUGUUGGGUACUUUGAACUGACUAAUAGCUUGCUCUUGAUUAUAUAGUGAAUUAAUAAUUAAACAAGGGAAAAAAAAAAAGGAAAGACCUAAGCAAUUAAAUCGUGCACUUUUCUUCACUGAGACUGGGAAAGUUUUUAUGUUCCUACAUGUAGAAAAACCUUGCUGCAUUUUAGUUUUAUUUUCAAUCAUUUUAGCUCUUCUUUCUUGAUCUGUAUUUGAUUUACUGGGAUGAGAGAAGUUCAGACUCUGGAGUGUAUCGUAUGACUGGACAAAAUGUGGAUUGUGAUUGUUGGAUGUAAAUUUGUAUGCUUCACAUGGUGUGUGUGUUUGAUUUUUAAAAAGGGCUGCUUUUACUUCGGGUACUUUUAAGGAUUGUAAAUAACAAGUCAAUCAUCACAGUGCUCUUUCUGCUGAAUGAUUUUAGGGCUAAUAGUAUGGUAAGGUUGCAAAACAGUGGUUUUCGUAUCAUAUUUGGGGCCCUGCUUUAAGAUAUUACAUAUUUAUUGUUUAUGCUUUUUCUGUAUAAGCUGGUUGAACUUUGUUACUCAUCUAUGCUUUGGUAAGCAGGGAUAGAAAACUAAUCAUGUCUGACUCAGUUCUUUAGUGCUACACAGCAGGCUUCUGAUAGUGGAUGUAAAUAUAUUUGAAAGAUGUUUAGUCUCACCCUCGAUGCAGUGUUUUCUUUGAUAGGUUCUUAAUUUUAGUUUUUUUUAAGGUCUUCAUUUUGUUUUCAGUGUUCAAAUAUAAAAAUGGUGCUAACUGUAGGAUGUAUAACGAAGCUAUAACCGAUGUUAUUUGGGUGUCCAAUGUGAGAUGCAUGAUACACUUUGAUUAGCGUUUUCAUUGUUACUUGUGCUUGUGUUAAUGAUUACAUUAGUGUUAACAUCAGAACUAUCUGAAUGGCUUGAGUUAUACUUCCCAUGGCUUUUGAAUGGUGACUUAGAGAUGAUGCUUUUUCCCCUUCUUGUUUUAGAGAUUACAUGUCCUUCAGCACAGAAAUAUAUGCACCAAACCCAGCGUGCUAGGCAGGUGUGCAUCACUUUCUUCAUCUCUUAGGUAACCGAAUACUUUUAACUUAUUGAGGAAGACUGGAACUUGAUGUUUACUUGAAUAAAUGGUUCUAAAUUUGGUUCUGCUUUGUUUAAAGAAACAAUCUUUCAAAACAAAACUGUUACAGCAGCUGACGGCUUAUUUAAAAGAAAUAGUUAACUUAUUUUCGCAUGGUUUAGUAAAUAUCUGUUAGUCUCUAACACAUUAACUUGCAGUUUGUUAUGACGUUGGUACUUGCAUUUUCGUAUUUAGUAAUUUUGCUUUCAUGUGCUUUAUGUUUUUUUCUUUUUUACCCACCUAUACUCUCUCUAUAAUGUCUACAAGAUCAGUGAAUAUUUUUUUCCUAAGAAAAAACUCAUCCUGCAUUCUUAAGUGCCAUAUUAUUGUAACUGUUGUUAAGAAGCCAUUUGUAAUAUAAAGCCUAGCUUUACCUGUUAGCAUACAUGUUAUGACUCAAAAACUAUAGCCGGGCAAUUUGUAGUUUUUCUUGUUCUUCCAUAAACUACCAGUUGUAGAUUUGAGAAUAUACUAUGAAACUAUGUAAAAUCAUCUUUAGUCAUAAAAUAGCACCAUACUUUAUAAAUAUUUGCACAGAUUAUGAAGCCUUGCAAGUAAUUUUUAGUCUCUUCUAAUCUAGCACUUAACAGGAGCUAAGAAAAUCAACUGAUAUUUUCUAUGUCACUUGUUUGAGUAUCAUAAUGACACAUAGCAAUAACUUUUUCAUUGAUUUGAAUAAAUCUGUUGAAUAGGAAUAAGGUGCACUAUUGUGGUUGGUCUGAACUUUAUUUAAAGAAAAGAAUUUAAAUUUACUUUUAAAAAAUCCCUAAUUUAGUCCUUGUGUUUAUAUCAAAUUAUUAAAUGUAUUCUGUUACACUAACUUUAAUAUCUUCCUCACAAAAGUGAAGUGAAUUUGAAAGACUAGAAAGUUAUUUUAAAUAUAAACAUAUCUAUUCUAAUCAUCCUGUUUUAAUAGUGGUUUACCCAUGUAUUUUUUCUGUUAUGCAAUUUAUAUAUAAUCUGUAGCCAUUUGGUAAAUUAGAUCAAAAAGUACGUACUGAUUUUUUUUAAUCUAAAUAUUUUAUCUGGCUUAAAAACUUAAUGCAAAACAUUUUGGGCAACAGAAGAAUCAUGUUCCUGUGAACAAAGUAUAAAAACAUAUAAAGCCAAAAAAAAAACCACUUAAAAUUUAGAAAUAUACUUAUUUUAAGAAUCCUGUUAUAUUGUUCAUAAUACCCAGAGCUACUAUAUGGCCUGACACCUGGUAAGUUUACAACAGAGAUUUCUCUUACAAACUUAAGAAGUUUCAUAUGAACACUGUGCUGAUAAGUUGUGAAUUUAAAGUUCCAUGUUUCUUAUGCUAAAAAGGAUGAAAUGUUAGAUUAUAAAUCCCCAGAAUAAAUGUUUUUAGAAAUACAUAUAUUUAAUAUAUUACAUAUAGAUAGAUAGAUAGGAUAUAUAUGGUUAUAUUACUAUAUAUCAAUAUACAUAUUGAUAUAUGUGUAUAUUAUCAUAUAUAUAAUAUGUAUCUAUCUAUAUGUAUAUAUUCAAGCAAAAUCUUGAAAGCAAUUUAAGACUGCUCAGAAAUAUUUUGGGAAAGAGUGAUAAGGGAAAUAGAAAUCUGAUCAAUUGCAAUGUCACUUAUCUUUUAUAAUUAUGUCAAAGAAUGUGUAUACAGUGUUUGGGUAUUUAAUAUUUACUGUAUGUAGUAAUUGAACUUAAUUGAUUUUUAAGGCAAACCCAAAGGAUAUUUGCAAAUUUCAUGUUUUUGCUAAUAUUACUUUAAAUGUGAAUGAGUAUUAAAUUAUAGGCAUUAGUAUCUAAUGAUAGAAAAAUGGCUCCUGGUGUUGAAAGUUUUUUAUAGUUUGACAUAUGAGGACUCUACUACAUACAUGUAAGACACCAUGUGAGAUGCUGAGGCGGCAUCUACUGAAAUGUAGAUAGGAUACAACCCUCUCAAAAGAGUAAAGUGUAACAGAGUGCAUUUCCUCCAGUAGUUAUUAUGAAAGUCUAUAGCUUACUUCCUUAUUUCUAAGGUCAUAGGAAGGAAUUUGAAACCUAGUUUAUAUAUAAAUACUUAGGGUUCAGUUAGGUUUUAAUGAUAGAAGCAAGACUUAUGAAAAUCAUAAUGUUUAUAGAAUCCAUGUGAGGCCAGGAACUGUGGCUCAGAGGUUAGACCACCUGCUGCUCCUACAGAAGACCCUCAUUUGGUGUCCAGCACCCAGAGGAGUAUAACUGCCCCACAGCUCCAACUCCAGGGUUCUGAUGCCCUUCCAGCCUCCCUGGGAACUCCCCACACAUAGACACACAAAUAAAAAGAAAUCUUUUCUUAAGCAAAGAUUGCCAUGUUUCUUGGAAUUAGAUGGUUUGUUUUCUAAAGGAAAUGCAAAACUAGGAAAGAACACACCCAGAACCUGUGUUCUAGAACAUCAUGGCAGCGUUCCGGAGCGCAUUAAGGAAGACACUUGUAUGGAGCAUGCAGUGUUUGGGGUUUUGUUUUACUUUAGUUUCAGUUGUAGUGUUGGAUUCCUGGUAUUGUCACCAAAGUGCUCAUUUUUAGGAAAAUCAGAUUCUAUAAUAAAGUUACUGCUUAAAGUUCAAUAAAUUUACGAUGGCCUCUCUAAACCUUCUGUUCGUGUUCAGAGAAUUACAAAACUAUGUGACAUGUCAGGUUAACAUCAGCUUCUGCUACUUAACCCUUUCUUUCCCAUAUUAAACAGCACUUUAAUUAGAAAAGAUAUAAUUAGGUAAAAGUUCUGUGACUGAGUAUUUAUUGGCUCUUCCAGUAUACCGAAUUCAAUGUUGAUACUCACAUUUAGAAAAUAAGUUUAAUACGUUUUAAAUAUAAGUUUACAAAUAUUACUAGUGUGAAUAUGGUCAAAUAAAAAUCCAGUUUACAUCUCUGCAGAGAGAAAAAUUGUCACACGGUUUUCAUAUUACAUAUCCACAUGUCUUCUACAUUUAAUUUUGUCAAGAUAUCAUGUGUAAAGUUCCACACAUUUUAAAAUACCAAGCAAAAAGUUCCAAGUUUGCCUUAAUAUACAUGUGAAGUUAAAGAACUGGAUGAUAAUGCUUGUAUCUUUGCCUUAUGAAUUGUGCCGUGUCAUGAACCAGAGAUGGCUGUGAUUUUAACAGGCCUCAGAAGCAUUGUCAAUGUAGAGUACCAGUGAGUGUCCUCUGUUGCAAAUAGUGUGCUUGGUUGUCGGUGAGGUUCAUGUUUAAAUGUUUUUGUACCUGUAUUUACCUCUGAAUAGAUACUUUUUAGCAUCAGGGUUUUAUUUUAUCUUUGUUUACAUAGUAAAGUGGCAUUUAACUUGUUGAAGAUUGUAUUAUUUCAUUUUUUUUAUUUUAAAAGUUUUGUGCACAUUAUUGUGGUAAUGCUCUGUAAUGGUUAUAGUUAUAUUUCAUUUAAUGUGAAGAGUUUAAAAUAAAACUGAAAAAUGUAAAUUUG